AUGUUUUCUUCUCCUCAACGUCAACAUGAUACGACAUCAGCAUCCUCAUCUAAAACCACCAGAUCAUCACAAGACAAACAUAACGACAACAAAACAGAGCCUAUUUCAACUUCAGCCCCUCGACAGCCAGACGAAAUCGAAGAAGCGGAUACGACAGUACCGGUAAAGACGUAUCAACCAAAGCAGAAGCAGAAAAGAGUUGAAUCAUCAUCCGACAAAGACACCAACGAUGCCGAGAGUGUAUAUCUAUCAUCCGACGAAGACACAUCAGAUGAAGACUCCUCAGACUAUGAUUCAGACUCAGAAGGUAGCGUGGAAGAGCUGCCUCCCCGGCAACUAUCGAGGAGAGCAACAGAUCGAGGUGUAAAAACAACUCCUGGGUCUCCAUUCACAAUCACCCAAACACGAAGCGAGACUACUCGCUGGAUAUCAACACAGGACAACGGAGGCAUGAUGCAUGGAGCCAGAACUGUCAAUCAGCAGACAACAUUACAUGGACACAACGUCAGUGGGGCACAGCGAAGACCGAGCAAUAGGAACAGCAUCAGCUUCAAUAUGAGCGUCAACGUUGACAUGUCCUUCAACGGCCUUGUCACAGGCCGAAACCUGGGCUUCACAGGGGUAGGCAUUCUGCCACGAGUUUCUUUUUGUUGGAUAUCAAUCGAAAGGUUGCUAACGCGUGCAGGGAUCACUAUCAUAUGCAUGGAACCGGCGUAA